UUAAGAGAAAAGCCAGGACCGGUGGAAUAGCGACCCCUGAGCAGCGUUCUGGGUGCUGAGCACAGUGCCGAUCACAGAUCACAGGGAUCCUGCAGCUGCCGCGUUACAGCAACAUGAGCGAGCGACAAGGUGCCGGGGCAACCAAUGGAAAAGACAAGACGUCUGGCGAAAACGAUGGGCAGAAGAAAGUUCAGGAAGAAUUUGACAUUGACAUGGAUGCGCCAGAGACAGAACGUGCGGCGGUGGCCAUUCAGUCGCAGUUCAGAAAAUUCCAGAAGAAAAAGGCUGGGUCCCAGUCCUAGUGGGAGAGUCCCUUCCUAGUCUGCCAGAAGACGCCGAAUUCAACCAUCAUCUAUCAAGAAAUUAAAAGAACAACACCCUAGAGAGAAUUCAUCUGCACAUGAUACACACAUGCACACCUGACCUGCAAUGCAUGUACAGAGACCCGUGAUAUUUAUUCCCUGAUAGGAAGGUGUAGACAAUGCAACUGAGUGGCUUCAUCUCUGUUUAUCUCUAGUAUCAUUCCUCCUGCACUGUUUUCCUUGAUGUUGUAAUAAAAUGGAGUUACGAUGCGUGAUUAAAA